GGAGCACAGUCGUCACAGUCAACAUUCAGCAGUCCAAGCAAACGGACGUACAAGCCAACAGAAAAAAGUCAGAGAAGUCAAGAGAAAAAAGAAGAAACUCCAAGCACAAAGUGGAAUAAUAUUAGAGGAGAUAGCAAACAGAUUAGCGCCACUUUGCGUACUUAAUAUAACGUUCCUCGCCCAAAACCCCAAAACACUUUAAAGAUGUCCGCUCGCCGCGUCACCCUCAACACACGCGUCUCGCGCGCCUCCACCUCCACGCCGGUGGGUGGAGCAUCCACCUCCUCGCGUUUGGGCGCCACCAGCCCCACUUCGCCCACGCGCACCUCUCGCAUCCAGGAGAAGGAGGAGCUGCAGCACCUGAACGAUCGCCUGGCCUGCUACAUCGAUCGCAUGCGCAAUCUGGAGAACGAGAACAGCCGACUCACACAGGAGCUGCAUCUCUCCCAGGACACCGUCAACAGGGAGACCUCCAAUCUGAAGGCCGUCUACGAGAAGGAGCUGGCCGCCGCCCGCAAGCUGCUCGACGAGACGGCCAAGGAAAAGGCCAAACUUGAGAUCGAUAUCAAGCGUUUGUGGGAGGAGAACGACGACUUGAAGCCCAGACUCGAGAAGAAGACGAAGGAGGCCAAUGUGGCGGAGAACAAUGCCCGCCUGUACGAAUCUCGCUACAACGAAGUGAACGGCAAGUACAACCAGGCCCUGGCCGAUCGCAAGAAGUUCGAGGAUCAGGUGAAGGAGCUUAACCUCGAGAAUGAUCGCCUGCGCCGGCAGCUGGACGAUCUGCGCAAGCAGCUGGAGGCCGAGACCCUGGCCAGGGUCGAUCUGGAGAACCAGAACCAGAGCCUGCGCGAGGAGCUGGCCUUCAAGGAUCAGGUGCACUCGCAGGAGCUGACCGAGACCCGCUCCCGUCGCCAGAUCGAGAUCAGCGAGAUCGACGGCCGUCUGUCGCGCCAGUACGAGGCGAAGCUGCAGCAAUCCCUCCAGGAGCUGCGCGACCAGUACGAGGGCCAGAUGCGCGUCAAUCGCGAGGAGAUCGAGCAGCUGUACGACAACGAGAUCCAGAACUUGAAGGCCGCUGUCUCUAGAGCUGCCCAGGGAUCGGCCCAUGCCACCGAGGAGGUCCGUCUGAUGCGCACCAAGAUCGACGGCCUCAAUGGCAAGCUGCAGGACCUGGAGACCACCAAUGCUGGCCUCAAUUCACGCAUCAGGGAGCUGGAGAACCUCCUGGACACGGAGAGGCAGCGCCACAACCAGUACAUUGCCUCGCUGGAGGCGGAGCUGCAGCGCAUGCGCGACGAGAUGGCCCACCAGCUGCAGGAGUACCAGGAUCUGAUGGACAUCAAGGUGUCCCUGGACCUCGAGAUCGCCGCCUACGACAAGUUGCUGUGCGGCGAGGAGCGUCGCCUGAACAUCGAGUCCCCCGGCCGCCCCGGCACCGACUCGGGCAUCUCCAGCAGCAACGGCACCCAUCUGAGUGCCAGCGGUGGCUCGCGAUCGGGCCGCGUCACGCCCAGCGGCCGUCGCUCGGCCACGCCCGGCAUCUCCGGAUCGACUGCCGUCAAGCGCCGGCGCACGGUGAUCGACGAGAGCGAGGACCGGACUCUGUCCGAGUACUCGGUGAAUGCCGCCGCCAAGGGUGAUCUGGAGAUCAUUGAGGCCGAUGUCGAGGGACGGUUCAUCAAGCUGCACAACAAGGGCACCGAGGAGAUCAAUCUCACCGGCUGGCAGCUGACCCGCAUCGCCGGGGACGAGGAGCUGGCCUUCAAGUUCUCGCGCGGCUCGAAGGUGCUCGGUGGGGCCAGCGUGACCAUCUGGUCGGUGGAUGCCGGCACCGCCCACGAUCCACCCAACAAUCUGGUGAUGAAGAAGAAGUGGCCGGUGGCCAACUCGAUGCGCUCCGUCCUGGCCAACGCCGACAAAGAGGUGAGAGUCUUGUCGAUAUACAACACGUGCGCCACUUGCGACAUCUGCCGCCCCUGCAGACAUCUCGAGUUUGUGCUCGACCAGAUGUUGCCAGCUAUGACCGUGUCCGUGCUAACGUUUCCAGCCACGUCUCCCGGCACCGCAGCAGCGGGACGCCGAGCACAGGGUUUACCCUCGGUUCCGGAGCUGGCUCCACUGGCGUAAGAAGUCUCUUCUCUUUGCUCUUCUAAGGGUAACACCCGGAACUCGAAUCGGACUGGAUCUACAGCCACAGCCACAGCCACAGCUCCAACCCACACUCAUCGCAGAGACUCACAGACUUCGGAGACCACCCACCAUUCAUCCACGCACACGGAGAUCUGACUAAGGAAUGGAAAACUGCUUGACAUGCAUAUCACAAGUGUAAAACAAAACAAAAACAACAAAAUUAAACUUGGCCCACUACUGCGUGCCUUUCUUUGGCCUUGGCCUCCUCUACAUGUCGUCACUCUAUAUGUUUCCUAUGUUUAAGUAACGAACGUAAUCCCCUACUUUCUAUGUUAUGUUUACGCUUAAGUAAAUGAUUUUGCAUUUUGGUAAAUAUACAAAAAAAAA